GUUGAGUGAGUCAUGGAUGUAUCACGUCUGAAUACAAAGAAGAGUAUGUAUAGCAAAGCAGCAAAAGAGUCUGUGGUGUUACAAUACGUAGCAUAGCAAAAGUAUGAAUGAACUUGAUGACUCACAGAGAUGUGUGAAUAUCCAACGUAGUCUUUGUUGCGGUCGUUGCUCAUUAAUAAAUUCUCUUUCAAUCAGUUGGCGUCCAACGUUUCGUGAGUCUACAACGAUUUACAUUAAGUUUCGACAAACGUGUGUCGAAUAAAAUGAAGCUCUCCGUCGUGCUGGUUUUGUGCAUAGGCUCAGUUUCAGGAGUCAAGAUUGGUGCUUUUCUUGAUAAAAUACGUAAAUCGUUGAGCGAUGUGGGUGAUAUUGUUGAUGGAGCUCAAGAUGUCGUCAAAUAUGUUCGAAGCUUUCCCAUUUUGCAUGCUGCUGCGAUAGGUGAUGAGGAAAAAAUUAAAGUGGAACUAAACGAUAAAUUCGAUAUCAAUUAUUCAUCGUCUGACGGAACAACCGCACUUAUGGAAGCCGCAGCUCAUGGUCAAUAUAAUAUGAUUAAAUUUCUAAUCGAUAAUGGUGCAAAAAUCGACCAAAAAAAUAAAUACGGAUUUUUGGCAUAUGAUUAUGCUGUUCAUAGCGAUCACGAGGAAGUUUUGCCAUUAUUGGGCGGACGUGGCGAAUUCAGUGAAUUAAUUGCAUAUAGUGGGAGCAACGAAAUAUUCAAGCCCAAAUCAACACAAAUUUUCCUUAUAUUUGCUUUAAUUUUCGGUUCUAGGAGAAUUUUCCAAUUGCUACUAUAAGGCUGAGUCAAUUUAAAAUGUGGAAAUAAUUUAUUUGCCAUUGAAUGAUGUGAUCUCAAAGAGAUUUUAAAAUUAAAUACAUAGUCAUAUUCAUAUUAACUAUUCGUUUCAUUAUUUGAAAUUAGUUAAAUAAGUUAGUGUUUUCUCAACGAAAGUUUCCAUU